CUGGGCUGGUCACAUGGGGAGAGCAGCCUGUUUAAAACAGCCUCAGCUCUCUCACUCAGAACAGUACAAGACACAGAGACAGGCGCACACGUUCUCUCUCUCUCUACCGCACGCACUCACUCGUACGCAAACGCACACGCACAUGCUCAUGCACGCAGACGGCAACUUUCUUCUAUCGGACUGAUACAGCACCCGCGCAGGGAUAGACACACUCUCUCCUCCCCCCCCCCCCCCCUGCUACGGUGGAGAAGAGGAUAAGGAGUGAUCGAUCAGAAAAACGAGAUACAGAGAAGAGGAGGUUUCCAGGUGAAGAGGAGGAUCACGCUGACGUUUCGUCCUGUCCAAGAUGGCAAACCUUGUGACGUCGCUGUGCUGCGUAGUCCUGGCCGCGGUGGUGGUGGCGUACGCUCAGAGACGCAGUCAGCUUGUUGCUAGGAACCAGUAUGAGCGAAUAGGCAGUGAUGUAACCAUGCAGUGCGGCUCCCUGGACAAUGACGCAUCGGUGUCAUGGAAGGUGAACGGGACAGAUGUGAAGGACCACCACCGUCUAGAGGGUCCCAGACUGAUACUGACCGGCGUGGCCCUGGGCCACAGCGGACUCUACAGCUGCUUUCAGAACCCGCACGGGGAGAGGCGCGACACCAUCUACCUCCACAUCGGCCUCAUCCCUCGGGAGCCCACAGUCACCUGUCGAUCCAACACCUACCCGAAAGGCUUCUACUGCAGCUGGCACCAAGUGCAUCCCACGUACAUCCCCACCACCUUCGAAGUGGAUGUGCAACAUAACCAGCGUUCACUGGAUGUGCAGAAAGAUCCAGACCACAAGAAUCGCUGCCGUGUACGUUUCCCCGAGGUCUUCUCCAGCUUCCCCUACACAGUGAAUGUGACAGCAGUCAACGCUUUGGGAAAAGCCUCUAACACUUUCUCUUUUGAAGAGUCCAGUAUAGUUAAACCAGACCCCCCGGAGCGCGUGACAGCGACCCCCAUCCGAUUCAACGCCCGCAGGCUGGAGGUGUCCUGGCAGAGCCCGGCCACCUGGCCCGACAUCGACAACUUCCCUCUGAAAUACUUCCUUCGAUAUCGGCCUCUCAUCAAAGAGCAGUGGCAGCAUGUGGAGCUGUCUGACAGCACUUCACACAUCAUCACCGACGCCUACGCUGGGAAGGAAUACAUCAUCCAGGUGGCUGCCAAGGACACUGAGAUCGGAACAUGGAGUGACUGGAGUGUUGCUGUGCAUGCUACUCCCUGGAUUGAGGAGCAAAUUACUUCCACAACCGAAGUCGACAUUCCCAUCGAGACUAAGACCUCCCCCAUCCCGUCCUCCACCGCACCACAAAAGUCCAGUUCUCCAGUGGACAGAGAUGCCAGACGCCUCACAUUUUUCUCCCCUUUGCUUUUAGGAAUGCUGCUGCUUUUCAUGUGAUCUAACUAGGAGCUGGAGGAGGAGGAUGAAGAGGAGGCGGGGGAGGAGGCUGGUCUAUUUUCUAUUCUGCACUUGUUUCCAGGAUACAGUGCAUUGAUCAUAUCUGUCCAUCACUCAGUUACUCACCGAGAUUACUUAGACAUGAAACUACACAAUGAUAAUGCCAUUCAGCAUUUUUGAUAAAUGGAGACCCAGAGAUUCUUUUGAAAGGUGCUCCAUAUACAGCAGCAGCAUAAACAGUCUUAUAAAACCCCCCUUGUGGCUUUGGUCGGCCGCGGCAGACUUUGCGUUAGCGGACAGCAGUGUGGUUUGGGAAUCUCUCCUUCGCAGCAAGAAAACUGACUCUUCAGAUGACAACACCCCCCCCCCCCCCCCCACUACUUUUUAGUCAUUUUCUUUAUUGAUUAUGAAUUAAUGUUCACUUCCUUCUAAAAUUGCAGCACUGUACAGACAAACACACACACACAUGUCAAGCGUAUUUGCGCGUGUGUUUGUGUGUGUAGUAACAGUAGCAGUGCCCAUACAGCUAUAUCGUCAUGCCAAAGACUCAAAUCCCCAAAUACAAAGGUUCCCAAGCGUUUCACUGAAGCCCCUGUCCCACUGUGUCCUGGGUAAAAAAUUGAAAAAAAAACACUCAAUUUAUGCCAACUCAAACAGCACACAAACGAAACGUGAUACAAGUCUGAGGAAACGUGCAGCUCAGUUUGUGUCUCUGAGUCCGAGCGGGGGGGCUUUGAUCAACGUGAGGACAGCAAAGACUUAGCCCGGCUAUUUAUACGUUUAGCUUUACACUCUGCUCUCCACCACUGGCAAAGAGGACCUGGAUUGUAAAAUACAUGAAUAAAGUGGAUUUUGAGACUGAACAGUUCUGUGGCCACCCAUUUGUUUUGGUUCGACGCCGAAAAACCUGGUUAUUGACACAUUGAAAUAAAGGAUCUAUGUUGGUUUUGAAUUCUGCUCUGUGCUGUAAAAUAAAAGGACACAAAACAGUUUGCUUCCCGAAUUCUGACGCCUUUACAAACAUUCAGUAAAAUGUAUUUUUUGCAGUUUCCAUUUUAAUAGCCAAUAUCACCAGUUAAUAUUAUGUUAUUCAAAUGAAUAUUGAUUUGUUUUAUUGUAUUUUUUUUAUCUUAUGGACAGAUAAUACAAACACACAUAUAGGAUUUUAGUUUUUUCUUUCAGACAUUAAUAAUGGCUUAAUUCUCCUUGCUCAUAUUUUGUAAACUAUGAUAUGUAACUUUAACAUUGAACAAAAAGUUUAUUAUUUAAUGAUAAUAAUAAUGUAUGUAUUAGCAGUAGAAUGUCGUAACCUGUACCUGGGGUCUUUUUUAUAGAUGUAUAUACAAUGACAGGUUUCAACCAUUAAAUGUGACCAUUUCACAAUGAAUGAUGA